AUUCGAUUUUAUGCCGCCGCCCUGCCAGCCAUUACCCCAAUUUCCCCAUUUCUCUCCCUCCAGAAUCUGAGCUCCAAUCCGUCCAGCGUUCUGUCCCCAUUGGCCUCAUCCGAAAAUGGCUCUGCGACUCCUUCCCUCCAGCCUGUCCGCCCAGAUGCUGCCUCGAACCCGCCUGCUCACCGAUUCCCUGUCCGCUGCGGCGGUAGGACCGUGGUCUGCUUUCGCUAUCAAUGCCUCCGCCUGGUCUCACAAUUUUCUGAAGCCCGCUGCCAUCUCGUUGAAUAUUCCCGGUCUCAUCGAGGGCCUCUGGGACUCCGUCCUCCGUGCCGUACCCAAGAAGAAGACCUCCCAUAUGAAGAAGCGUCAUAGGCAAAUGGCCGGCAAGGCCCUGAAGGAUGUCAAAGGUCUUAGCACAUGCUCCGGAUGUGGCCAGGUGAAGCGCUCGCACGUCCUGUGCCCCAACUGCGUUGAAAGUGUCAAGAAGCAAUGGAAGGAUACCCAAACGGCCUAAAGGGCAAGAAAGGAACAUUUUAUGAAAAACGGACAGACGGUGGAUUUUAUUUGCAUUGGGAUUGUAUUUUUACCUGGUAUUCAUGAAGUGUAGGAUAAAUGCUGCAUGGCAUUCGGCGUCUGGCACAGCCUGAGGGUUCUUGACUUCGGUGGUUUAAUUUUGUUGCAUCGUGACCGUUUUAUUUAUUUGUAUAGCUAUCCGGGGCCAAUUGAAAAGCCCGAGGGAUCUGGUGUGUUCCAAUGUAAUCAAAAGAUUAUACCAGCGCAGGGCGGAGGACGUCAGUCUUUCAUUGAAGGUCCGCCGGGUGGGUGCCAUCGGGAACAUGAUCUCAUUCGGCCGCCAGUCAGUUUGUCCCGCCAUGAUUGUCGCUCGGUUCCCCAAACAACGUUCAUACUUUCC